CCCAAAACUAACGCGAUGGGGUCCAAAAAAUGAGAAAUGGCAGCUGUGAUCCGCCGUACCCCGUGCCAAGCCUGACUCCAUCCCCAAGUCGAUUCUUAAUGCUCAUCCGCUCCGUUUGCAGCUUUCUAACCAACUUCACUCCCAUUAUCCUCUCACCUUCUUAUAAACACACAACCUUCGCAUCUGCGAUGGCCCACCCUUCCACUCGCACUCGCUAGCCCUCCUCAUGCCACGCCGCCGCCUCAUCCUGGUCGCCGCCCUCCUCGCCCUCGGCCUCCUCUACACCCUCUCCUCCCACGGCGCAUCCUCCCCCCCUCUCCAGAUCAUCCCAGAUGACUGUCCCUCACGUCCCGACCUCGACAACAUCCUAGUUGUUCUCAAAACCGGCGUCACCGAAUCACGCACCAAAGUCCCUAUCCACCUCUCCACCACCCUCCGCUGCAUCCCCAACCACGUCCUCUUCUCCGACUACGUCGAACAGCUCUCCCCCACCCACUUCACCCACGAUGUCCUCGCCUCCCUCUCACCUGCUCUCCUUAACCAUAACCCUGAACUCGACCUCUACCGUCGCGUGCGCGCCGAAGGUCCUGCCGCCCUCACCCCCGCCGACUUGAACCCAGACGUCAACACCCCGAUCGGCAAACCCAACAACCCCGGCUGGAAGCUCGACAAAUGGAAGUUCCUCCCCAUGCUGGACGAGGCUCUGCGCGUUAAGCCAGAUGCUUCCUGGUAUAUCUUCCUCGAGGCGGAUACCUACCUCGUCUGGGAUAAUUUCCUCCAGUGGCUUCGGCGCUUCGAUCCCUCCAAGCCAUGGUACCUCGGCAACCAGAUGCAGAUCGUGGAUGCAAUUUUCGCCCACGGCGGAUCGGGCUUUGCGCUGUCGCGACCGGCGCUCGUGCAGGCCGUGAACCAACGCAAACGAACCAGUGAUGGGUGGGAACGUGCCGUGGCGGAACAUUGGGCUGGGGAUUGCAUGCUGGGGAUUCUGCUGGAAAAUGUUGGGGUUGACCUGACUUGGUCGUGGCCGAUGCUGCAGAUUGCCCCUCCGGAGGAAAUGGAUUACUUCUCCAUAGGAUAUGCGAAGCGGCCGUGGUGUUAUCCGGCCGUGUCAUUUCAUCAUCUGGACGAGCAGGGCAUCCGGCAGUUGGAUGAUCUGGAGAGGCAACUGGGACCGCUGAAGACACCGUUGCUGUAUCGCGAUGUGUUCCUGAAGCUGGUCCGGCCGGAGCUGCGCGAUGUGCGCACCGAGUGGGAUAAUCUGGUCGACGGGGACCCGGUGGCAGUGAGCAGCUUCGCGGCCUGUCGGGGCGUGUGUACACGCGAGGCCAAGUGUCUGCAGUAUGCAUAUAAUGCGACGGAGGGCGCAUGUCGCACGUCCACGGUGCUGGCGCUGGGACAUGCCCGGCCGGGAUUAUCGGCAGGAUGGAUGACCGAACGCAUUGAUGCGAUGGCCGAGAGUCUGGGCGAGUGUCGCGAGAUCAGCUGGAUUGAUUGAUGCGUUGCAUGGCCCCUUUUUCAAAGAUUUCUUGUCAUUCAUAGUA